GUUCGCUGCAUUAAUGUGACUUUUGAUAAGCCGAUUAGUCGUCAGAUUAGACCCGCGAAUAUCUCGUGUGACGCGAACAAAGCAAUUUCGCACUUGUUUUCAUGGUUGAACCGAGCGCAUUUAGUGUCGUCUCCCCGGUGCAGUUGAUUCGGAAAAUUAUUACCUGAGUGUGAAUUGGGCUGCAUCGGCAUCAUAAUGUGCUCGAACUGCAGCGAAAAACAACGUAAAUGCUGGCUGUUUGGAGUCGGAGUUUUCCUUGCCUGUUGUGCAAUAAUCUUAGGGUUAAUAUGGCCUAACUUGGGUCAAAGUAUCGUCAAUUCGAAAUUAAAAUUCAAGAAUGGAUCAAUGCUGUUCAAUAGUUGGCUGGAAACACCAAUCCCAAUACACAUAAAAUUCCAUUUAUUCAACUGGACGAACCCCGAGAAAAUUAACAAUGCUAGUGUUAAGCCCCAUUUCGAAGAAUGUGGUCCAUACGUAUUUACCGAGAAACAUACCCGAGUAAACCUCACAUGGCACGACAACGGGACGAUAUCGUACAAUCAAAUACGUACCUGGCAUUUCGAUGAAUCUUUGUCAAAUGGAAGUUUAGAUGAUAUGAUCACAUUUCUUAAUCCAGUUACAGCGACGGUCGUCAAUAUGAUGAAAGACAAAUGGCCGAUCAUUAAAGAAAUAGUUAACAAAUUGUUAAUUAAAAAGGGGGGCACACUAACUGCUACCAAGAAAGUUAGGGAGGUUCUUUUCGAUGGAUACGAAGACCCCCUGUUGGCGUUUUUGAAGAAGUUAAACAUAUCCAACAUUCCCUUUAAUAAAUUUGGCUGGUUUUUCGGUCGAAACAAUUCCUACACCUAUGAUGGCCGCUUUACAAUGUUCACCGAUCAAUAUGACGCAACUUCUCUUGGGUACUUAACACAUUGGAACGGAAGAAACCUGACAGGAUAUUAUGAAGGCGAAUGUGGGAAAGUUUUCGGCUCUAGUGGUGAACUAUGGCCACGUCAAAUGAAGCCGAAUAGUCCGAAAUCUAUUUUCAUACCGGAUUUGUGCCGAACCAUUACCCUAAACAUCAAUGAAAAGUUCGAAAAGUAUGGCCUUGAAGGCUCACAGUAUACAGGAGACAAUCAUGUAUUUGACAAUGGUCAUAUUUACAAAGACACUCGAUGUUUUUGUCCAGAAAAAGAUUUCAAUAAGUGCCCACCCACUGGGGUUUUAGACAUAUCAAAGUGCAAAUUCGGUGCGCCUGCUGCAAUGUCCUAUCCGCAUUUUUACUUAGCUGAUCCAAGAUACGUGAAGGCAGUAAGUGGCUUAAGCCCUAACGAAUCCCUUCACAAAUUUACCGCCGCCUUAGAACCAAAGACGGGGAUACCGCUGGAUUUAGCAGCCCGGAUUCAAUUGAACAUGUUUCUUCGACAGGACAAAUACUUCGAUGUCUACAAAGAUGUCCAGAAUGUACUUUUGCCAGCAUUUUGGUUUGCCAUGACUGUGUCUAUAGAUGAAACUUUUGCCAGCCAAGUCAAGCUUGCCUUAUCGCUUCCAGGUUUAGGAUUCUACGUUGCCUGUGGACUAUUUACCGUAGCUGUGAUAAUUAUAGUAGUAGGCAUUGUGUUAAGUCUAACAAAGUCCUGGGUACGCAGUACCCAAGAAGAUGAGGAAGUGCUUACCGAUAACAUGAAUUAAAGAUUUUUUUAUUAUUUUUUUACCAUGUAAGCAAUAAAUAUAUAAGGAAGUUCGUUCCUGUUGCCUUCCUGUUUUGCCAGAAAAAAAAGUAUUAUCAUCACUUAAUUUUUAAGAAGGGCACUCUUAGUUUAUUUUUUCUAGAGGAGUCGGUAUGAUGAGUAUGAGACCCAUAUCUAGCUUUACCUCAAGGACGAUUGUCCAGUUUCGCAACCCAAAUUUUUCUAUUGAUAAUUCCGUAUUCAGUUAUAUCAAAUUUAUGAAAAUAAGUUGCAAAUUUCGCCCGACCAGUGUUAAACUUGUUUAUUGUUCCUUAUUGAUAAUUUUUUGUCUUUUUGUAAAAAACUUUUUGAUUCUGGUAAAUAAAAUGGCCAUCCAAGCCACAAACUUGUUGAAAA